UAGACUUCCUGUUGUCAAUUCAGUGUGUAUUCAAUGUAUAUUAAGUGUUUGUUUUUGCUCUAACGUACUACUUUGCUGUGUUUACUCGAAGUCAGAAGUGGGAGUGACAUUUGUCACCUUUUAUCUCAGGAGAAACAGUUCGGAAAGGUCAGCUAACGUUAGCAGGGUCAAUUAGACACGGACACUGUUUUUUUAAACAUUAACAUUAGCCUGAACUGUCCUCCAUACAGCUCUACCAGGUAUCCACUUUACUCGCUAUUAUCAUGUCGAAGCUGCUUUCAAUGCAAUGCGUCGCCUCUCUGAGGAAACCCGGAGGUCUGGUUCAUUUAAGAGCGACUUCAUUGGGGGUCAAUAAACGGAAUUACAGCUCCAAAACUGACUCUUCAUCCGAGUAUUUACACCAAAGCGUCGUUCCAUCGAUGCAUUACCAGAAGAGUUUACCCAGGCUACCCAUACCAAAACUGGAGGACACCAUCAGGAGGUAUUUAGCUGCUCAGAAGCCACUUUUGGAUGAUGAGCAGUUCAGAACAACAGAGAAACUCGCAGUGGAUUUCCAGAAUGGUGUGGGAAAACAGCUGCAUGAGGAACUGGUAGCUCAGGACAAAAACAAUAAGCACACAAGCUACAUCUCAGCGCCGUGGUUUGAUAUGUAUCUGUCUGCACGUGACUCUGUGGUGCUGAACUUCAACCCCUUCAUGUCCUUCAACCCUGACCCUAAGACAGAGUACAAUGACCAGCUGGUGCGGGCGACCAACAUGGUGUGUUCAGCGGUGCGCUUCAUGAAAACCCUGCGAGCUGGAGUGCUGGAGCCAGAGGUGUUCCACCUCAACCCGGCCAAGAGCGACACAGACGGCUUCAAAAAGCUAAUCCGCUGGGUCCCGUCCUCGCUGUCUUGGUAUGGUGCCUACAUGGUGAAUGCUUACCCUCUGGACAUGUCUCAGUACUUCCGCCUCUUCAACUCAACUCGGAUUCCCAAGCGCGGUCGAGACGAGCUGUUCACUGACGAGAAAGGCCGACAUCUCUUGGUUAUGAGGAAAGGUAACAUGUAUGUGUUUGACAUAGUGGACAGGGAUGGGAAUUUGGUGAAGCCUGCAGAGAUCCAGUCCCACUUCAAGCACAUUUUGUCCGAUUCAACGCCAGCACCCGCUUUCCCUCUCGGGGUGCUGACCAGUGAGAACAGGGACGUGUGGGCCGGGCUGAGGGACAAGCUGGUGGCAGCUGGAAACGCAGACGAUUUACGGAUGGUGGACAGCGCCCUCUUCUGUCUCUGCCUGGAUGACGAGAGCAUGAAGGACCACAUUCACACCUCCCACAACAUGCUGCACGGCGACGGCUGCAACCGCUGGUACGACAAGUCCUUCAGCAUCCUCCUGGCUAAAGACGGACAGGCGGCCAUCAAUUUCGAGCACUCCUGGGGCGAUGGCGUAGCUGUGCUUCGCUUUCAGAAUGAGAUCUUCAAAGACACAACGCAGCAGCCACUGGUACACCCUGGCUCCGCUCCUGCCGCUGUGGAUUCAGCCUCAGCUGUGCGCAGACUGCAUUUCAAACUAAACGGCGAGCUGGAGAGUGGAAUCACGAAAGCCAAGGAGAACUUUAACUCAGCUGUUUCGAAACUCACCAUCGACGCCAUGGAGUUCAAGAAAGGUGGGAAAGAGCAGCUCAAGAAGAGCAAGUUGAGUCCAGAUGCUAUAGCACAGCUGGCUUUUCAGAUGGGCUUCCUGAGGCAGUACGGACAGACAGUAGCCACAUAUGAAUCCUGCAGCACUGCUGCAUUCAAACACGGCCGCACAGAGACCAUCCGUCCAGCCACCGUACACACCAAACAGUGUUCACACGCCUUUGUCUGCCAGCCAGGGAAACACAGUGUGGAUGAACUGAAGGCCAUGCUCCACGAAUGCUCCAAAUAUCACGGGCAGCUCACCAAGGAGGCAGCUAUGGGUCAAGGUUUCGACCGUCACCUGUUCGCCAUGCGAUACCUGGCCAACUCAAAGGGUGAGGCCCUGCACAGCCUGUACGCAGACCCCGCUUACUCCGCCAUCAACCACAACAUCCUCUCCACCAGCACCCUUACCAGCCCGGCCGUCAACCUCGGAGGCUUUGCCCCGGUGGUGCCCGACGGGUUCGGCGUGGGCUACGGCGUUCACGAUGACUGGAUCGGCUGCAAUGUUUCCAGCUACCCGGCUCGCAACGUCCACGAGUUCCUGCAGUGCGUCCACAAGUCUUUAGAGGACAUUUUCACCGUUGUUGAGGGAAAGCCAAUCAGCUAAGAGAAGUGUGUUGGUCAUCACCAAAGAGGAAAUACGAGUUUUACAAAUGAGUGAAGGUGAACAGCUUAAUAAAUGUAGGGAGAUGUUAAAUUAAGAUAAUAUAUUUUUUACACUAACAUCAAUUAUGGAACAAAACUGUUAGCAUCAGUUUAAGAUGAAACUAUCUGCUGGUUUUCCAGGACUGAACUUUACAGCCUUGCCCAUUUUGACAGUGCAGUGUACUGUAGCCUAAUGUGAAGUAUUAGCUGUCUUUUUCAUUUUAGACUAACAGAAUUUAUACAGUGGCGGCCAAGAUUAAAGCUGCUGGUCACAUCACAUUCAGAUUUAGAACUUCUCUGCGAUAGAUUACGGACUGUGCCUUAUCAGGAUGUUGCAAAUAUCACAUAGAGCAUUAACUUAUCAUUACUGUAAUACCUUUGAUUUCAACUGUCACUGUUGAUCAUUUUCAUCCUUAUUCAUGCAGUUGAAUGUAUUUUGAAAUAAAACUUGAAUUAUU